GAUGACAAUAAACUCUGACACAUGCCUCAGACGUGAUCUAACGUGCACAAAGUUGUAUUGGCGGUAUUCGUAGAAACAAAGUUCUGGCGGGAACAGAAGAUAAUCUUUACGAUACUGAAAUAUAUUUCGUUAUUCAAUGUUUAUACUGAAUUUUCAUCAGUUACAUAGUUUUAUUAGUGAUUGUGUUAACAUGAACAUUUAAAAGUGUGCACAAAUUCACGCAAUUAUUGUAUAAUGUUUCGUUUAAACCUUUAGUAUUAACUAACCUCUGAAUUUUUGUUUCAUUUGUAACAAUAACGUCGUGUUUUGUUUUUUAAUAUUCAUUUUAAUUAAUCGACAUCAUGACCAGUCCAAAGAAAUCGUCUAAAAGACGCAGAAAUUUGGAUAUUGAAGGAUCCCCUGAAGCUAAAAAAGCCAAAGAUUCUUCCAGUGAGGAUAACUCAUCAUCAACAAAUGAAGUUGUGCCUACUGCUGGACGUGUAAAGAGACUUGUACUUCGAAACAUAAUGUGCCAUGACACAAUGCAAAUAGAUUUCAACCCAAAUGUCAAUUUUAUUAUAGGACAAAACGGAAGUGGUAAGAGUUCUGUAUUAAAUGCGCUGACCGUUGGGCUCGGUGGAAAAGCAAAAGCAACUGAUCGUGCUAAUAAUGUGGGAGAUAUUAUGAAAAAUGGAUGUACAAAGUCAAGUAUUGAAACCACGCUUACAAAUGUUGGACCUAUGGCCUAUAAACCAGAUCUUUAUGGCGACGAAAUAAAGAUUACUCGUAUAAUGACUAAAUCAUCACAAGGAGAUAUGUCUUCAAUAUAUAAACUAUGUUCAUCUUCAGGAAGACUUAUUUCAUCGAAAAAAAAAGAAUUAACUCAAAUUUUAACGUGUAUGAAUAUACAACCAGAGAAUCCGAUUUCAAUUAUGAAUCAAUAUGCUUCUCAAACAUUCCUCAAAGGAUCGUCGGAUACUACUCGAUAUGACCUUUUCAUGAAAGCUACUCAAUUAGAAGUUACUGGUGCCAAUUAUAAGGAAGCUUUAAUUAAUAGUGAAGAUACGCAAAAGCGCUUAAAAGAAACUGAACAACAGUUAAGUAAAGAAAAAAAAGAGAUAGAUGCUCUUCGAAGCAAAAUUGACAAGUUAAAAAGUUUAGAUCAGCUUAAAGCUGAGAUAGAGAGCAUGCAAGUAGAAUUGAAAUGGGCAUCAGUAAGUGAGCAAGAAGCAGUGCUCAAUAAUGCUAAAGAAGAAUUGCAGAAAUACCAACAAAUAUUAGAAGAACGUGAAUCUGCACAACAGCAUGAAGAUAAAAAAAUUGAAGAUAUCGAUACUAAAUUAGAAAAUUUAAAAGCUGAACUCAAUAAUAUCGAUGAUGACUCUGAGUCAUCACGUGAUAAGUAUAAUGAAGUUAAAAGUCAAUAUCAAACUAAAAGAGGUGACUUGGAGACGAAAAAAAGAGAUUUAAGAAAUUGUCAAGUUCGUAUGAGAAACAAUGAAGAAAACAUCAAAGCAUUAAUUGCAGAAGUAAAAAAAAUUGAAAGCGGAAAUAGCCAAGCAGAACAAGAACGAGCCCAACAAAAAGAAAACUUGAUUAAAUAUAAACAAGAGUUGGAACAAGUUGAAGCUCUUUUAAAGACUAAUCACAAUACUUUGCAGCAUUUAGAAGCCAGUAAACAACACAUAGAGAAAGAUGAACAUUCUUUAAAGAUGCAACUUGAGAAAAAAUCUGCUGAUUGUACAAAAACAAUGAAUCGAUUAAAUGGAUUAAAACAGCAACCAUCUAUGGAUACUUCUAUUGCUAUUUUUGGUCGUAAUAUGCCUCGGUUAAUUAAAAGAAUAGAAGAAGAAUACGCUAAACGAAAUUUCAUUAAAAAACCAGUUGGUCCAAUAGGUUCUUUUAUUAAGGUAAAAGAUUGUUCUUGGAUUCCUGCAAUAGAAUCAGUAUUAGGCGAUGGAUUUUUACGUGGAUUUUGUGUUGAUAAUGGACGAGAUUCAAAAGUUCUUAACACUAUUAUGAGAGAAAUAUUUCAUGAUGAGCCCCUUCCACCAACAUUUUGUAGCAAAUUUCAUGAUAAAGUUCAUGACGUUAGGAAUUCUUGUACUGGAACCGAUCGUCAUCCAAAUUUGUUCCAUUCAAUGGAAAUAUCCAAUCCUGUUGUUGCCAAUUGUAUCAUUGAUAACAAGGAAGCUGAAUUUAUCCUUCUUAUUCCUACUAGUGCUGAAGCUGCAGAAAUAAUGAAAACUGCUGCUAAUGUUCCACGUAAUUGUCGACGUGCUAUUACACAAAAAGGUGAUACGUUCUUUCCAGACCCUAGAUACAAAACUUAUGGUGGGAAAGUUGGAAAACCGAAGCUACUUCAAGUAUCUUCCAGAGACGUUAUUCUAGCUUUACAAGAUGAGUUCAGCACAUUGGAGAGGGAAAAAUUACAAGUGUACGAUGCAUACAAAGAAAUUCGGCAGAAAUUAGAGGAAAAUAUGCGAGAAUAUUUGAAAAUAGAAAGAGAUUUGCGAAAAUUGGCUAGCCAACGAAAUAAAUUAAAACAUGAUAUAGAACAUUUAAGUGACAAGAUAUCUGAUGAACACACUGAUAAUUGUGCAAUACAUAAAGAUGAGAUAACUACUUUAAAACAAAGAAAUGAACACGAGAAAGUUGAAGAAAUACGUUUAACUGAAGAAAUAGUGAAAUUGGAGGAGGAAGUCAAAAUUUCAGGAGCUGAACUAGCGAAAUAUCGUGCAAAAUUAUCUAAUCGGGACGAAAAAAUUACUUUACUUAACCGAGAGAUACAAAAAUUAAAAAAUGAGAGAUCUGAAAUUAUAAAUAAUUCCAAUCAUUUGAAGAAAAAAGCUCAAAGAGCUCGUGAUGAAAUUCAUACUGUUGUACAAACUGUCAGAAAUCAAGAAGAAGUUGUUCAUAAAGCUAUUGAAGAAGCUGAAGCUGCAGGACCAAGAGUACGAACUAAUCGAACGAUUCCUCAGAUAAGAUCUGAGUGCCAAGCCCACUAUCGUAAAAUUCAAUAUACUGAACAACAAUUUGGAUCAAAAGAAGAACUAGAACAACAAUUAGACGAAAAAUUAGAGAAGAAUAAAAGUGUGCUUGAUUAUUAUGAAAAAAUUCAAAGAGUCAAUGAACAGCAGUUGGUAAGAGUUGAAGAGAGACGAAAUGAGUUUAAUGAACUAAAAAGGAUUACUGGACAGCGGAUUAAAAAAGAGUUUAGUGAUAUUUUAGCUCUUCGUCAAUAUGAUGGCUCAAUUACGAUUGAUCAUGCUAGCAAAAAGCUGAUACUUGAAGUAAUUCCUAGAAGCUCACAGAGGAAAGAAGUGAACAAUGUUCAAACAUUAUCAGGUGGAGAAAGGUCAUUUUCAACUAUCGCUUUCGUAAUGGCUUUAUGGGAAUGCACAACUUUCCCUAUUUAUUUUGUAGAUGAAUUCGAUGUUUGUAUGGAUAAAGUUAAUCGCCGAAUUGCUAUUGAUAUUUUGUUAAAUCUUACCAAAAGACAUCCAGAAAAACAAUUUGGGUUUCUUACUCCUUUGGAUGCAUCGUUAGUCAAGCCUUGUAGCACAAUAACUGUUUUGCGAAUGUCUGCGCCGGAAAGAACAGGUGAUCAACGAAGCCAAAGCAGCCAAAACUGAUCAUAACUCAUACCAUUUUUUUUCUGUUUUAUUCAUUCUAAAAAUGUUUUUAUGUUCGUCUAUAUUCGUUUAAUUUUAUUUUGUUUGUUUGAAAAAAUUACUACUGUGAUGUACUUGCGGGUCAUCAAGCUUUAGAAGAAUAACACUUAAGUGUAUGUUAAAAGUAACAAAGAAAAAUUAUUUAAUUUGAUAAGUAACGAAUAAGUAAAAAAUAAUUUAUUAGUGAUGGUUAUAAAUCAGAGAGUUUAAUUAUAAUAAAAAUGUUCGUAUUUUUAUACCUCGUA